AUGCCGUGCCCCACCAAAGCUCUUGAUGGUGCAUGUCGGUCCUCGUCAGAUGUCCAGUCUCGGUUCACUGAUCGUUUGUCUUUUUCAAGUAAGUUUCCUUUGAACACUCCUUCUGCCAACUCUGGCAUCAGUGUAUCACCUCUUCUUGACUGUGUACCCCAGAAUCCGCCGCCGACUAACCGUGCAGCCACGGUUGUGUGUGAUCGACAAGGAGCCGCCCCCCUUUUCGCGAGUUCACCUUCGGGUUUUCCAAAAAGGUCCGACCGCAGAGAGGCGCCUGGGACGUCGCCUUCAGCCGCAUGCUCCUACCCAGUUGCCCAGAGUCGUCGAGCGGGCGCUGCUGACCCAGUACCCGGCACCUGCUGGCGGUCACACGAGACUGACGACACAUGCGCGCGAACCUGUGCCACUCCGCAGACAGAUAUGCCUCUUUUGUCCACGUGGAAACAGGCGAGGAGGAACGUCGACUCCGAAGACACAGAACAUCCUGAGCAGGGAGGACCUGAGGCGUCCGCGGAGGUCCAUCUCGGGGUUCUGGCGAAUUCUCGGAGCCGCAGUCGCACGUCAGAGUCGGGCCUCUUCCACGACGCGUCGCCCAUUUCUCCAAGAGCUGCUUCCUCAGGGGAAGCGAGUUCGCCUUCUCGACUUCAGCGCUCACGCGCACAAGACGGCAGCAGUGAGCCCGACGGGACCGGCGGGCAAGCGAAGAAAGGAUUGUCGAGGAAGUGGGAUCCGGGGUUUGAGGAGUUGACGCAAGGCGCAGACGGCAAGACGCUCAAGGCAGCUCGCCUCAGUCUCGAUGACACGAGGUCGCGGAGACUCGAGGGCGAAGAGGUCUUGACUGCGCCGUCCUCUGACAGAGCGAAGGGGACAGACAGUUUUGGAGACGCAGAACAACGCACAACGACUGGCGGGGGCUGGAGCCUCGCUGCCCUCUGGAGCAACUGUCGCCCCGUGGCAUUCGCUUCAGGGCGACAAACGUCUCCCAAGAAGGCUGAAGAUGAAGCGGCCGAUGCUGCAGCUCGAUACGACGUCAGCCUCAAUGUCGCCUCUGCGGAGCCGAUAGAAGCUGUGGAGGAGGGCGUCGCAGGCGUCACCGAGCUGGAUGUGUCUGCGUCUCAGAAGGCGUCUCAGGAGGCAGCUGACGACCCCGAGGCGCUUGAAGUGGAGGUACCCGCGGGAGCGAACGAAGUGACUGUGUGGCGCUCUGGGGCUGAAGGUGGUCUGGAGGAGGGUGGUGUCUCACGUGUGCUUGCUUCUGAGGACGAGCCAGGAGACAACGACCUCGAAGUAGUGGGUGAGGAGGAUCGAAGCCCCAGCGAGCCGGAAAGCUUCGUCUCCUGCAACACGCACAUUUCAACUCGCGACGGGAGCAUGAACAGCACUGCAGAGAGCCGAAACAGCAGCAGCACUGGCGACGACGGCCCCGGGACGGUCCCGCAGCACUGUACUUCCGGGAGCGACUUCCCGUUUGUCCCUUCCUCUGCGACGUUGUCGGGAGAAGAUUUGCCCUUCGUCCCACCCGCGCCUCUCUCAGUCGUCUUAAGUGCAGAGCUCGCUCUGCCUCCGCUGCCGACUGGGGCGCUUCUGACCGACAGGACACCCGUGCCGGCCAGCGAAGCCGGCGAAGCCAGUGAAGGCGUCGACAGCGAAGAGCGCGGAUCUCGCUCAGAUAGUGGAAACAAGCAGCAGUCGAGGGGCCGAGCUGGUGAACCCGGUGUCGAAGAGGAGUCCCGAGAAAAUGGUGAAGAAGGUGAGAAACGUUUCAGGAGGAGGUCGCACCGCUUGCGAGGCCUCCAGAGAGACACGACACUCCAGUCUGCGCCGCCGACACAGGCAGACAGCGGCUCGAGUUCUCCCGCCUCGCGAGUGUCCCAGUGGAUUUCUAGGCGGCGCCCGAAACAGGAGGCAGGAAGCACGUCUCGGCGAAAGGCGUCCGCUUCCAAGGCCGAGAAGGACGAGGCAGAAAUCGAUAGAAGUGACGACACACUCACAAACUCGAGCACACGGUCUGAAGGAGAGGCAGUGGCGCGGACGCCUCGGAAGACACCCAGGACGUUGCGGCGGAAAGGUCAGGGGGCUGCAACUUCCAGCGGGGCCAGCGUAGGUCGGGGGAGCCGCCGGCGAGCCCGCGAAGAACCCCAGGGGCCCGAUUCGGACUCUGCGGUGCGUCGAGGCCGGCGGCCGCACAAGGGCGAGGAGGCAAAGAAGCGUCGUGUGGCUCCGCGGGGCCUGAAGGAGACAUUACCCGACCCGGCUGACGGUGCGAAGGCCGCAAAUGAACAGAAUGCCGGGAGCGAGUCCGCCUCCGAGUCAAGCGAGGAGAGCGUUGUCACCAGCAGCAGCGCGUCGGACGACAGCGAAUACGAAGAAGAGGUCAAGGAAAGCAAACGGGCCAAGGGGCCAAGCCGACGCGGGAGGGCGCGAGCUGUGGCUGCGGCCGCCUGGCGCUCCGUCACUGGCCAACAGCCCCAAGACCCCGUGCUGCGUCCCCUGAGUGCGCGGGGACUGGUCGCAUGCGGCAGGGGCGCGACCCGGGCGUUGUCGAUGUGUGGGGACUCUGGCUCCGCGGCCCUCGGUGGUCACGUGCCUGGCGGUCCCGCUGUCCGCAUUGGGUCUCUGGCUGCCGUCUCGAGUGCUGCACCUGUCUCCGACUUGACGGCGCUUCUGGGCGGCGGCAGCCUGCCCCAACCGAAGUCUGCAUCUCUCCCUGCCGCGCCCUCGCAGCCGCUGCUGCAACUCCCAGGACGCUCGCUUUUCCCGACACUCGCCGGUGGUCGAAGCGCCUUGUCCGGCGUGCUGGGCGGUCUGCUGGGCUCCCGCGGUGCCGUGGCCGGGGCCCUCAGCGGGGCCAAGAGCCCCGGCGUGGGGCGCCUGGGGGGCGCGGCGCGGGCGUCGUUAUCCUGUGGCGCGGGGGCAUCGCUGGCGGGGUCCGACGACGAAGGCCGGAGCUUAGGCUCAGAUGCAGGAGACGAAAACGCGAGGAAGAGCGAUCUAUGCUCUCGAAAAGGUUCCAUGGAGAGCCGCGAGGCGACGGUGUCGACGGUGACCGCGCAGGAGAAUGACGGAGAAUUCGGUGACCCUUGGGCAGUUGACGGACCCGGAGAGGAGAAGGACACCAAAGAAAAGAAGCAGGAAGAACCUGGAGUUGGCGCGGAAGUCGCGUACCUCCCGGUCCUUGGCGAGAAGACCGACUCGGGAGUGGAGGGAGAAGGUGUGGGAGAAGGGGACGACGCGAUCGCGGAAAUCGUGCAUAUUUCCGAGAUCGACGAAAGUCAGCGCCUGAUCUCGAAGCGCGUCGUCAUUCGCAAAAACAAAGAAUGCCUCAUCGGCAGGGACGUCCGGACUUGCGACCUCGUCGCCGACUCCCGAGGGGAAUUCGCCAAGAUGGUCAGCAGACGCCAUGCCGUCAUCGAAGCUGUUCCAGUUCCCGAGCUUUUUCUUCCUCAUCCGAAAGGGUCGAAGGAGGCAGAGAAGCAGACAGGCGAGAAGGCGCCUCUGGAGGCAAAGAAAUCGGAAGUAUCUCAUGAAGCCUACAGGCUUUGUCUUCGCGACGUCGGCUCGAUGAACGGAGUCGCCGUGAACGACAUGCGCCAAAUGACGGCUUUCCUUCGCCAUGGGGACAUCGUCACUCUCGGCGGCGUGGGGGCCUUGCGAGUGGGGAGACAGCGCGACCAGCCUGAGUCGCCGUUUCGUUUUCUGGUGCGCUUUCUCCACCCCCGGCCUCUUCCGGCUUCUGACGUCGACUCUGCCCACUGGGACGAAGCGGCGAAGGCCGUUUCUCCUUCGGAGGCGCCGACAGUCGCUCCGAAGAUCGACGAGACAGAGCAGGAAGGCAGGGGAGAAGGCGGCGGCCUCAGACUCGCUCGUCUGAAAGUCGUGCACUUGUUGACAGAAGAAGAAAUCCGCCACCGCUUGGAAAGAACCGGCGAACCGGCAGGACCCAUUUCGACGCACAACUCGCUUCUUGGUUUGGCGCCUCUCGACGAAGGCUCUGGAGGCUCCCUACCGUUCCCUCUCUCUGCGGGAUCGCAUGCAGGUGACCGGGAGCGAGUCUCCAGGUCUUCUCGGCUUUCAGCCGUCUCGUCUUUGUCUCCCUCGCUUCCGCGAGGGGCGCGAGAGUCUCCUCUUCGAUCCACGCCGCGGCGGUGGGGGCGCCGAGGGGGGACCAGCGGCGGCGGUCACCUCCUUCUCUCAGCUAGCCAGGAAGUGUACGGAUCUCCUACGGGCUCGACGCCCUCGCCGGCUCGCGUAUUUUCGCCGUCGCUGAGUCCAGCUCGAAGCGCCGCAACGCAGCCGGGAUCUCCUUUGCUGUCGGCGUCUCCGCUAGCGUCUCCUCGGCGCGGUGGUCAUCCGCUUUCUCAGCCGACGGCGGCGCUUUCUUGCCUGUCUCAGGGGCCUCCCCCAGGCAUCUCUCCUCUCUCGCUGGGACCUGCCUGUUUCUCUCAACCCAUGGCUCUGGAGCCUUUCCCCGCCUCUGUCUCCCGGGCAUCUGAUCGCAGGGCCUCGAGCGUCAGUAGACGCGGACUCUCUCCUCUGAGAGCAACUGAGAGCCGCAAAAUGGAAAUCAUAGGCGAGGUGACGGUGCCGUGGAACGGGACGAUCGCUCGAGUCCGCAAGUACGUCGACGCGCUUCUUCUUGAACUCCUGAAAGACAAGUUGUUCUCUCUUCCUUCGACCCGUCCUCCCUUUUCUGCGUCGUUUUCUUCGGCAGAUGCUUCUGGUGUGGCUUCCUCGCAUCUGAAUGAGGCGCGAGACGCGGUAGAGAAAACAGAGGAAGAGAGCGGAAGAACAGGCGAGAAACAGCGCAGAGAAGAGAGGGAAGAAGGGGAGGAAACCGAGGCGACGGUGGGCGCGAAGGAGGCCGGAACAGGAGUGGGCCAAGAGGAAACUCGCUCAUACAGUGAAGAGGUCAAAGACAACGGGGAAGAAGAAACAACCGGCGCCGAGCCUCGUCUGCCCGCGUACGAACUUCUGCCUUCUCCUGGAGCCGGCGAUGCCGCCUUCAAGCACGAGGAAUUGUCCUGGGUCUUCGAACUCGCGCCGUUCAACCCGUCCGCAAACUUAGCUGUCGCCCCCUGCUAUCGGCUUAUAGACGGAGAAGGGGCAAGUGCAGAAGAGCGCCGCGCAGGCGCCGCGCCAGUGCGAACAGUCAGCACGAUCUACCUGCGGUUCAAAGAGGCACAGCCGGGGGAGAAGGAAGAGAGAGAACGUGGAGAACAAGAAGGCGGGGAGAACGGGGACGGAGAGAGAGAAGACCGAGAGGAGAAGGAGAAGUGCUCGCCUGCCUGCGGAUUGUCUUUCGAUGACGCAGGGGACUUUUGUGACCCGGCGGAAGAGGAGGAGAUGAGCAGCGAGAAGCCGAAAGUCGAGGAGACAGCGAGAGAAGAACUGCGUACACACGAAGGCCUGUUCAGGCAAGCUCGGGAAGAGGCCAAAGAGGGCAACACCCAGUUUCUAUGUCAGCCAGAACCGAGACAGAGCGAGGGGCUGUUAAGUGAGUAUGACAGCGACGAGGCUUGGCACAUGUAGAUGUCUGCUUAAACCAGUGUCUCAUAGCGGAUGUCGAUAGAAGCAGAGCGACGUAGCGCUAAGAAAAACGAUGAGAAAAAGCAUGUGCAACCUCUCUGGGCAUAUUGAAGUGGAGAGACAGCGACUGCAUGGAGACACGAGGGGUGCGCCUGUUUCUCAUGACUGGCGUGGAAACCAGAGUCGAGGCUUCCCGUCGCAGGUGGAAAACACCGCAGUCUGGUGUUUCUGUCGUCUGUCCCGACAGAAUUUCGGAGUCUGAACGGGAGGUCUCGAGUCAUGUUUUCUCAAUCGUUUGUCGUCGAGUGCAUGCGCGCGACGUAGGCGCUAGUGCUCUCUGGUGCAUCGGCUCUUUCCUGUUCGGCGGUUCGCAGUUGCGGUUUUUAGUGGGUGUAGCGUUUUUGUUUCUUGGACGUUUCGGUGGCUGCCCAGCUCGAUGCUCUUUCGUGACGUUUCAAAGUCUUUUCUGGGAGCUCGAAAAA